GCUCGGUAGUGCUGCCGCGCGCGCCGCUACCAACGCACGUCUCUAUCGCGAGAUCGUUAUCUCCUGACCAGUGAUAUCUGUGACUGUGACUCUGUGAUAAACGUUCGCGAUAACGACCGGCCAGUCUGUUUCAAGAUUAAGUAUAGAAUGUUGAGGGAGCAGCAGUGAUCGCCGCGAUGUUUGGUGGCAGUGGAGCCGGCAGCGGUUACGGCGGGGGCGGGGACUGCGCCGAGGGCUACGGGCUGGGGUACGUGGCCAGCGGCGGCAGACUCCAGCAGUACGCCGCGCACUUCGCUCCGCAUCAAAACGUUUGGCACCAUCACCAUGCAGCUCACCAUGACGGUUAUGGCGGAGGCAGCGUGGGCGGCGUGGGCGGCGUGGGCUCGGUGGCCGGGGGACUCUACGGCCAGAACGUGGUCAUGGGCUCUUGGUGUGCACCCUACGAUGCUCUGCAGCGUCCGCCCGCUUACAAUGGCGCCCUCGAGUACGAGGAGGGGCGCGAGUGCGUGAACUGCGGGGCCAACAACACGCCGCUGUGGCGCCGCGACUCCACCGGCCACUACCUGUGCAACGCGUGCGGCCUCUACCACAAGAUCAACGGCGUCAACCGACCGCUCGUGAAGCCCAGCAAGCGGCUGUCGGCGGCUCGUCGUCACGGCCAGUGCUGCACGAACUGCGGAUCGCGGAACACCACGCUGUGGAGACGAAACAACGAUGGAGAGCCCGUGUGCAACGCGUGCGGACUUUACUACAAACUGCACGGAAUCAAUCGACCUCUGGCCAUGAGGAAGGACGGUAUACAAACCAGGAAACGGAAACCCAAAAAGCCAGCUAACGGCGCGAAACCAAAUGGUGAAACUCCCAAAAAAGAUGGACACAGCUCUCCUGCGAUAGAUGACAGCAAGUCGAGUAGUAUAUCCGAGGCGGCGCUCCCCCUGUCGGUGGGGGCGGCGGGGGGCGCGGGUCCCGCGGGGGUACACAAGCCGGACGCGUCUCCACAGCAGCACCAUCACCACCACGUUCAGGGUCACAGCCAGGGUCAGUACCCGCUGGGUCUGUCGUCCCCCUCGUUCCUGUCGAGUCCGUCGCUGUUCAACAUAAAGAGCGAGCCGGCGCCGCCGCCCUACGACGCCUACCCGCCGCCCGCCAACCACUAUCACUCCCAGCAACACUAUCUACACGCAUUACAGUACGGUCUGGGAAACAAUGAAGAAGAGGAAGGGAGUGGGUUUCUGCAUCAGCGCAACGUGACAGCUCACGCCAAGCUCAUGGCUUCCACGUAACGAGAGGUCGUCGGCAUGUGUGGCGCCGCACGCUCGCGUCGGAUGCACUCUCGACCGAUCGAACGUAAUCAUGGACUAGCGUCGAAUCUCUAUAAUAACUGAAAGUAGCUUAACGUGGCGACUACCAACCCACACAUUGCACACAGCCAUCAAUGGAUUGCCUGUAUGCGCGGUUGGCGUGAUAACCACACAGAAUCAGAUCUUUAAAAUGUUCCACGGAAAAUAAUAGGAUAUGCUAAUACUAGCACUCAAAACCAGAUAGAUACCUGUGUAAUCCACUGUGUAGAGCCACAGAAUGGAUUACUGAUGCACUCUAGACUAUUAUUGAACAAAUUAAUGACAAGAUGGUCUCAAUGUCGACGAAGUUAAAAAUAUUGUUUUAUAAAUUAGUUUUUUUCGUAGACUUCCAAGUUAUUUUAAAUGCUGGUUUAUAGAAGGAAUGUAAAUAUUGAAUGUAUAAACCCUCGUUGUAUUAUAUUCUAGUGGAAUACACUUAGGUUAAUUAAGUUCAUAAGGGACAAGACGUCAAUUUAAUGAUAUAUGUAAACAAUCCCGUACAAUUUUCGUAUUCACUUUUUACCUACUGACUCUGUAUUCAAUAGAACCGCGAUGUUCUUAUAUUCGGUAUAAUUCGUGGAUAUAUUUUAAAACGCACCAACCUACACUAUAGAUUAGAUAUUUUGAUUUAUUUCGUCAUUUAUUAUCAACACUAGUCGUGUGACUGUAGGUUAGAUCUCGUUGUUUGUGAGAUGUACAAUAAUACGCGGUAAAUGUGUAAAUACAAUUAGAGUAGCACGUAAUAUUAUAGAUGGUAAGUAUGACCAGUAUUCACAUUACGCUACCUAUUACCUAAUCUGUAAUAUUUUACUGAAUGUUAUCGCAGUUAUUAUUAUUUUACUAGAUAGAAGUAUAAUUAAAUCUUAUUGGAUAAUAUUAAUUGCGAUUAUUUCGACAUCGCAUAGCAAAAUAUGAUCUGUCUUGUGUGAAAUCGGCACUCAACUGAACACUAGAUCGAUUAACUCCACUACUUACAGAUAGUUCCUAACUUUCCAUGACUUUACUUCUCUUAUACUGAGACACGUAGGUACUAUUGUAAAACAUUUAGUUGUAACUCCAUAUGCUUAGGUAGUUUAACGCAUUUGUUUAAUUGCAAAAUGAAUAGAAUCCAUGGAAAUCCAUCAACAAACACAUCACAAUGAACAAAAAAUACGUAUUAGUUUUUUUUUUUUUUUUUUUUUUUUUUUUUUUUUUUUUUUUUUUUUUUUUUUUUUUUUUUUUUUUUUCCUACCUAAGCUGAUAGCCCUAGCGGCUAUUUCAGCGUAGCCUUAACUUUAGUAGGUGAGCUCACGGGGCUCAAACCUGACGAUGUUGCUAACACGAACCCUAGCAAGAGUCGUGCUUCGCAGAAUCUACCACCGGAUCGGAAACGCGACCCACUGAGAAGAUCCGGCGAGAAACUCAGUGGGCUGUGUCUGAGAGUUAAUUUACUCGUCGAGCCCUUCGUCGCAAGCGACGGGUUCGACGAGAACGGUGACCGGUGCUUGAAGUACCUAAAAGCACCGUUAGUGGAUCAGGAGGAUCCGAGAUGACGUGUUUAGGGCGACGUCGACUGCUUUCCAUUCUGUCCGCAGGAUCGGGAAUGUAGUUACCGGCGGCCACGAUGAGAGGGUUCUCGUGUCGUGCCGCUUUAUCGAAGUGGCGCAUGGACGCCGACUGAAGAUACUUACUGAUGGACUCUAAGUCCAGGUCGUCAUGGAGGUCGACGUUCCUGACGAACCACGGGGCUCCGACGGCUAUCCUGCAAAAACGGGAUUGAAUAAUUUGAAAGGAUUUUAAGUGUAUGCGGGCCGCGUGAGCGAACACUACACUUGCAUAGGUCAUGACGGGGCGUAUGCAAGUUUUGUAGAGUGUCACCUUAUUUCUAAGGGACAUUUUACUUCGCCUACAUAUCAUCGGGUAGAGCGUAUUAGUAAUUAGAUGUUACUAUACAUAUUUUAUUAAAGCCAGCUAUGUACAUAGAAUAUAUAUAGAUACGUGAUAUACAUACAUAGAAGCAGACCUAAUUUUAGAACAGAACAAAGUACAAACAAUAUUCAUUUAAUUAAGAAUAAAAUGAUUUGUCGCUAACAAUAAUCAAAUUUUGUUUCAAGUACCAAGUAACCUAAUAUUAUACAAUCACAAUCAACAAAUAGCACUUUCAUGACAUGCAUCAUCUUCGGACCCAAAAUCAAAUUAAUUCGGUGUUGUAAUAUAAAGCACAUACUUGGUCUCCGUCUAUCGCAAACAUCUGAACGUCACUGCCACUACUUGUUGUUAGAUGCGCGCAUCAACGGCAUAGUUAGGCGUUAGGGCAUACAAUGUUCUCAAUGGGUCACGAUUCCGAUCCGGUGGUAGAUUCUGCGAAGCACUACUUUUGCUAGGGCUAGUGUUAGCAAAUUCUCUCAGGUUGAGCCCGUGAGUUCACCUACACGGCCGCGCGUGGCUGGAAUAGCCUCUUUAAGGUACCAGCGAAUAGGUGGGGAAAUAAGUAUACAAUGUGUAGCAUCGGCGGUUUAAUGUACCUACAUAUUAUACGUGCACCUACCUGGGCACUUUAUUUCGGAGUAAAAUGGCCGCACAUAUAUUAUUGUUAAACAUUUAUAAUAAAAUAACCUUAAAUUUAUAUUAGAUCUUAUAAUUAUAAUAUUUUUGAGCCCUGUCCGUUUUUUUUCGCAUAUUGGGGCGUAGUUUAGCAGAAAUAAUUCAGUUCUUGAAGUCAAUAACAAAUUCUUGUAGGAAGCCAAGCUUCAACUAUAAAUCUUCGUUCAGAACAAUAAGGUUAAAAUCAUUUGAGACAAAUUAAUUCUCUAAUCUCAAUAUUUUUUGGAAUGGAAAUAACCGUUUUUGUAUAACAGAUUUAGGUGUAAAUGUGUUGUCGUAAGCCGUCUGACAUUUCAUAAUGAAACACUACGAUAACGUAACAUUAACAAUCUAGGAUAACUUAAUACAUUUCCAUGUAACGCGAUGACUUUGUUUUGGUCCCUUCUCUUGAUUGAGCAAGUGUAUUAGCAAGUAUCAAAAUGUUCUUACAAAAGGUUUGACAGGAUAAUGUUCAUAUUUUUCACACACAGAAGUGCCUCUUAACAGCUGCUUUGAGUUAGUGGGUGCGACCUUCCUUCUGAUCUACGUCCAAUUUUGAAGUAUUCAUUUUGUAUUUAGUUUUAAUUUUGAUUGUCAGUUAAAUGAGGCAAUAACGUGAGUUAGUGAAUAUACUUUAGGAACACGGCAUUUAUAGAUAAGAUGUAAAUAGUUUAGAAUAGUCUUAUAGAGAAUAUACAGAUAAGAGUAUUUCAGAAACAUUGCACAUAAAUUAUCACAAUAUCGUACGAGGGUAUAGUGAGGCUCAAAGGAUUCGCAACUGUAAUAUUAAAAUGUCUAUCUCAUAAACUGCCGAGUUUGGAGGAAACGCAAUGUUAUUUUGAAGGAAAUGAAUAAGAAUAAAAACAACACAAAUGUACAAAACGAUUUAUGGUGUAAACUUAAUAAAUAAAAACAAAAUCAGCACA